AUGUAUUCGACAACUAUGCCAUCUGUUGAACUCACCUCUGGACGAUGCUGGUCUUUUGGUCGACAUGCACUUCUUCCCGAAGCACAUAUUUGGGUUGUAUGGCGUCUUCUUCAGUGUCGUAAAUGCCAUCUCCGUAUAUUGUAUCAAUCACUGGCCGCUCGUGAACUUAAAAGCGAGUUGGAAAAAAACUGCAGCUUGACAUUUUUCAUCGGCUUUCGACACCAAAGAAUAGCUCGCCAUCACUUUCACAGCCUCACUAGGCUGAUCCGAGCAGUGCUGCUUGGUCUGGCCAUGAAAAGGCAUGCCUCAACUGACGAGGAUCUUUAUUGUUUUGGGUCUUCGCUUUCCAAUAAGUUCCAUAUAAUCUCAUCGAAAGCAUGGGUAUGCAUAGAACAUGGCCGUGAACUUUUUGAUAUGCUCUACAACACAGAUGAGGACACCUUUGUAGUCAGAGCAGAUUCCAAUCAUUCUGUUCCUAUAGCAGCAGAUGAACGAUAUGCACAAUUGAUUCUUCCACCAGGAAGAUCCAAUUUUUUCCGUUGCUGUCUUCGCAUGGAUAAGUUAAGACCAUCCAUACCUGCUCCUCUUGAGUCCUCAUCUUCUGCCUCCACUGUAAUUGAUUUUUCGCUUGGAUCUGCUCCAGCGGAUCCCUCAUCGACUAGUCAUCUUUUGGCUAGUGCUAAUUCCAGAUGGUCUUCUUUUUACGAAGCUUCCAAUUCACUUUCUAUCCUAGAUGAGCCGCCAUCAGAAUGCUUAUCGCAUGGAUGGUCUACAGAAUCUUUAUCGAACUCAUUCUCCUGUAUGCCCUCCACUAUGUGCGACUAUCAGGCCACGCGGAUAGCUUUAGCACAAGGGCCCCGAGUCCGCUUCCCUGAGCGGAGUCCUGUUACUGCCAUUCACAACCUUGUCCGUUACUCUCUGGCUAGUAAACUUGAGCGUUCAAACCGAAUUUGGGAAUGGAACAGUUUUCAUCGUCUCAUUGAAGCUAGAAAUCGCGUUACGUCACACAUGAAUGCCGAAAGCGAUGAGGAGGAAAAUUCACUGGCUAGCACUGAGGAUGGAAGCGAGAUAAAUAAUUAUAAUGACAUCAAAAAAGUCGGACUAAUUUAUGAGGUGGAUAAAAUACAUCCUCAUUUUUGUGAUCAUAUAGAAACCUCUAGGUUUAUAAAUGAAAAAGUGUUUUCUCCACCCGUAUUUUCUCUCGCCCUUGUACCUGGUAAGCCCGUUGAGGCCGAAGCGCAGCUUCAG